AUGCAGUUCAACUUCUUGAUCGUACUCUUCGUUGCCCUCGUCGGUCUUGCCAGGUACUAGUUUGACGCUAAAUUUAGGUUUUACUGAUAUCAAACUCAUUUCAGUGCCCAGUGGGGUUACGGAGGAUACGGUGGCGGAUAUGGAGGAGGAUACGGCGGUGGAUACGGUGGAUACGGACCACGACCAUGGGGACCAAGACCGUGGGGACCACGACCAACUGUUAUUGAAAAGACAGUCAUCAUCAAGCAAGGACCAUGGGCCGCCAAGGUGUAA